AUGGAAUCAAUGAGUACAAAAGAAAAUUUACAAAUCAAUGUUGUUGAAGUUGAUCCGAGAAUUGAAGAAAUUCACAAUGACGAUGAAGUGACAAAACAUCACAAUGGAAUCUAUUGGCGUUUAUUAUUUCUUAAUUUAGUUGUUUUAUGGGCAUAUCAAUCAUUAAUUUCUGCACAAAAUUAUUAUAUAAAAUUUUUUCCAAAUGAUCAUUUAGAUUUUUGGGGAACAGUUUCUGCAGGUACAUCAAUGUUUUUUCUUCAUAUAAUUCAAUUAUGGCUCGGUGUUUAUAAAUAUGGAUUUACAAAACGUGUUAUUCCUGGUUUUAUUUGUUANUAUUGGCGUUUAUUAUUUCUUAAUUUAGUUGUUUUAUGGGCAUAUCAAUCAUUAAUUUCUGCACAAAAUUAUUAUAUAAAAUUUUUUCCAAAUGAUCAUUUAGAUUUUUGGGGAACAGUUUCUGCAGGUACAUCAAUGUUUUUUCUUCAUAUAAUUCAAUUAUGGCUCGGUGUUUAUAAAUAUGGAUUUACAAAACGUGUUAUUCCUGGUUUUAUUUGUUAUAUUUUAAUUUCCAUUGCUGUUAUGGCAUUUAAAAAUAAAAUUCUCUUAAUUAUUGCAUUUGCAAGUGUUGGUGGAGUAAAUACAAUCACAGAAUCUCCUAUUUAUGGAAUUGCAGGUUUAUUUACAACAGGUUCAUUUACACAAGCAGUUCAAGUUGGAAAUGGUAUGGCGGGAUUUUUAAAUGUAACAGCAAAUACAAUAAUACGUUUACUUGUUUUAUUAUUUCAUAGUCAUAUUGAUGAAGAUCAAUUGUCAUUUUAUAUUUUUAUGAGUGUUUUGAUUGUUUUAUGUAUUUUAGCAAUUUAUGUUUAUUAUCGUUUAAUUUCACUUCCACCUGUUUCAUCUCGAAUUGAUCAACAAAUGAAUUUAUUUCAACGAAAUAAUGUUCCUGAUGUUAUUCAAGUAAAUGAACAUGAAAACGAACUUUCGUUUUGGACAUUAGCACAAAUUUUAAAAAUUCAUUUAAUUGUUCAAUUUUAUGUUUUAUUUAUUAGUUUAUUAUUAUGGCCUGGAAUUCCAUGUAGUUCAUCAAAUACAGGUUGGUUUGCAUUUCGAGGAAAAACUUGGUGGUGUUCACCAUUUGUUAUCUUUACAUUUAAUCUCGGUGAUUUAAUUGGACGAACAUUAGCUGUGAAAGUUCAUCAAUAUUUUUCAUCAAUGACAUGUCUUGGUGCUGCUUUACUUAGAACUUUUUUCAUUAUAAUUAUUUUUUAUCGUCAUCAUAUUGAUAACAUUCUUUUACUUGUUUUAAUCACUUUGAUGGGUUUAACAAAUGGUCUUCUUGCAACAAUUACAUUUAUGGUUCGACCAGAAACUAUUGUUGGUGUUCAUAAUUGUGAACGAGCAGCUUAUUUAAUGACUGCAGCACUCUAUUUCGGUAUUGCAGCUGGUUCAAUUGUAGCNCUUAGAACUUUUUUCAUUAUAAUUAUUUUUUAUCGUCAUCAUAUUGAUAACAUUCUUUUACUUGUUUUAAUCACUUUGAUGGGUUUAACAAAUGGUCUUCUUGCAACAAUUACAUUUAUGGUUCGACCAGAAACUAUUGUUGGUGUUCAUAAUUGUGAACGAGCAGCUUAUUUAAUGACUGCAGCACUCUAUUUCGGUAUUGCAGCUGGUUCAAUUGUAGCCGCGACUUUAGCAUUAACAAAUGUUCUUUAA